AUGUCCUUCGUCUACAGUGUGAACAACAAAGUCAUUGAGAAGCUCAACAAAGGGCCAAACAAGGAUUCCGGGGCGUGUAAAAAAAACUGCGCAGCAUGCAUGCCGUGGACAGUUUCAUGGAGCCGGUCUGCAUCGAAAUAUGUCUAUGCUCACACCUAUCUAGUUGCCGAAGAGAAGCGUGGCCUGAGUCGAACAAAUGAUCUCGAAGAUAGUGAAAUGACCUUUGAUUUGGAGAUAACAGCGGCGGACAAGUUCACGAUGAACUUCCCAGGAAAACAAGAAUUUGAUCCGAAGGGGACUGUUUGUGGUCCAGAGUCAAGUCAAAGCGUCAAUCCUAAAACAUGGACCAUCACGAACCCGGAGUUCCAGAGACAACAUCUUCUCGUUUUCAGCCUGCUUUCACGGAAUGCAACUCGUUUAUUCGAUGAGGAAGGGAUUACGUCUGGAAAACCGUCCGUGCCUUACUGUGAGCUCUUCGUCCGAUUUAACAGACAAGACUACGAGCUGCUGUAUUUUAACCCUCAGCAACCGACAACGACGACUACCACCACAAAAGUCACUUCAACAGAAACAACUCCUGAAACUUCAACAUGUGCUCCUUGUCCAACAUGUACAGCUCUAAUGACUACAACAACUGUGCUCAAAAACAUCUCAUCACCAUCGACAAAGUAUCCAGCGGAAGGCAAAUGCCCGGAAAAAUCCAGUGGAUGGCUUUAUGUGUAUGUGAUUUUGAUUGUCGUGGGUGUAAUCAUCAUUGGAAUUCUGGCAUGGUUCACAUGGAACUGGGUGGAGGUGAAUUCUGAGAAAAGGGCGGCGCGUGCAGCCAAACGUGCAAAAGACAGAGAAUGGUAUGCUGAUUACCAAGCUGAGGCAAAACUCAAAGGCAGUGAGAACAUGAAGCCGUUUGAAAUAUGGAAGGAUGAUCAAAAACUGGACCAUACUAAGAAAUUUCUGGAUCGUCAUCCGAUUGAACAAUUGGGCGCCGCAAUGUGGAGGAAAGCGGAGAAGGAAAAAGACGACAAAAGCAAGAUGCAAUUCAUUGUAGACCAGAUUGUGCGGUUUAAGGACAAAGAGCUCUACGAUAGCGAAUACUGCCCGGAACUGGCUGAAAAGGGAUAUGAAAAUGUUGGGGAGUUCGAGGAGUGGAAAAAGAAAAAGUAUAUCAAUACGUUCGCUGUGGUCGAAACUGAAAUUGAAUAUGAGAAGCCAGACAAUGUCGGGAAGGAAUUGCUUCCAGGAGCCAGCAGUGAGGAUAAGAAAAAAGCUCGACGUUAG